AUGGCGCGCGCGCAACUCUUCGUAUUGGCGCAAGCCGCCUUUGCCAUGUUUACUAUCGCAGAUGAUGUGACACAAAAACCAAAGAAGAUAUUAGACACAGUAAUGAGUCCGGAAUAUAUUCCCCCUGAGGAGAAACACGGCUCUUACUGGAAGAAAUCCGCAGCAACAACCCUGAAGUCCAAGCUCAAGGAGACGAUAAACACGAACAAAGCCAAAAAUGGCAUUUUGUUUAUAGGCGACGGGAUGUCUUUAGCAACAGUGAUGGCAGCCAGAACUUUCGCUGGUCAGAUGGAGCGAGGUCUGGGAGAAGAUAAUAUUUUGGAGUUCGAAACAUUUCCCGUUACAGGAUUAGCGAGGACGUACUGCAUCGACGCUCAAGUCCCUGACUCGGCUUGUACCGCGACCUCUUACUUGACUGGCGUGAAGACGAAGUUCGGCGUGAUCGGGCUCGACGGCAACGUUACCAGGGGCUCCUGCUACUCGCAGCUGCACAAAGGGAACUGGGCCACAUCUAUUGGACAAUGGGCUUUGGAUAACGGUUUGGAUGUCGGUUUUGUAACAACAACGCGGGUGACCCACGCGUCACCAGCUGGUAUGUACGCGCACACAUCGGAGAGGAACUGGGAAAGCGACGCUGACGUGCCGGAAGAGGACCUCGCAUUGGGCUGCCAGGACAUCGCGUAUCAACUGAUCAUGAACAACCCUGGGCGACAAUUUAAGGUUAUAAUGGGAGGCGGCAGAAAAGAGUUCUUCCCCAACACUUCAACUCUUUCAGCGAAAAGCACGGGUAUGAGGCUGGACGGCGUGGACUUAGUCGAAAAGUGGCACGAGGACAAAAUGAGAAAGAACGCCACCCACCAGUAUGUUACCAACAGGGACGAUUUAAUGAAGAUAUUCAGCUCCGACGACCUACCAGAGUACUUACUCGGCCUAUUCAACGACGAUCACAUGGAGUACCACUUGAAGGCCAACAAUCAGCCAACUCUGGAGGAAAUGGUCGAGGUUGCUAUCAAAAUGCUCAAUAGCAGCGCGAAGGGAUAUUUCCUCUUUGUUGAAGGUGGCAGAAUUGAUCACGCCCACCACGAUAGCUACGCCCGCUUGGCAUUUGAUGAAACAGUUGAAUAUGCCAAAGCAGUCAAGAAAGCCAGAAGUCUAACUAACGAAGAAAACACAAUAAUGGUUGUUAGUGCCGACCACGCUCAUACAAUGACGGUGGCUGGUUAUCCUUCCAGAGGCAAUGAUAUAUUGGGAUCCGUUGACACCGCUAAAGGAUACGAUGGGAAACCGUAUACGACGAUUAGCUACGCAAACGGAAAAGCGACAUCUAUCGGAAGUGAUGGAAGAAUUGAUGUCACGAAGCAGGAUGGAUUUCAAAAUGGCGCUUUAGACUUUUCCUACCCAAGCUUGGUGCCUUUAGACUCCGAGACUCAUGGUGGUGAAGAUGUGGCCGUUUUCGCCCUUGGACCCUGGCAACACCUUUUUACAGCAAGUUAUGAGCAAAUUGUAAUUCCACAUUUAAUGGCAUAUGCAAUGUGUUUGACAGAAGACAAACACGAAAACUUGAUACUAGUAAGUGUAAAUACAAGAACUCUAUAUAAAGAGCAACAUAAUACAUCUACAUCUUACUUUGACGAGAAAAACAAGGAUCAUUGGAAGAUUCAAGCACAGUCGGUAUUAAAAAAUAAAGGAAGAGCACUGUGA